AUGGUCCGUGAAUUCUGGGAUGCCAAUGAUCAGGAGCAGCAACAGUCUGUGCGUCGUCCUUUAGCUCGUUGGUCACCUCCACUUGCUGGCACCUACAAAGCUAAUUUUGAUGCUGCGUUAUUUGAAGAGCUGCACUGUGCAGGACUUGGCGUCGUGUAUCGAGAUCAUUUAGGCCAAGUUAUUGCUGCCUUAAGUCAAAGGAUUAGUCUACCCAGUACAGUGGAGAUGGCUGAAGCCUUGGCUGCCAGACGAGCUAUGGAGUUUGCCAGAGAACUAAUCCUUUUUGAUGUCAUAUUGGAGGGUGAUUGCCUGCGGGUUGUGAGAGCUUUAAAUGCUUCUGGUGGGUGCAAUACUUUGUAUGGCCAUGUAGUCAAUGAAACUAAGAGGUUAGGGGCAGCAUUGAGGCACUGUAGUUACCAGCAUGUUGGUCGGGAUGGGAAUAAAUUAGCUCAUUCUUUAGCUAGGAGAGCAGUUUCAACUGCAGAUAUUGAUGUUUGGGUAGAAGAUCUACCUGGGGAUUUGGACGCUGUGUUCCAAUCCGAUUUGUCUUAA